UGCCUGCCAGCGAGUCAGGGAGCCAGCCAAAGUUGGCCAAAAUUGGCCACAGGGGUCUUGGGGGUAUUCGAGCAUCGGUGUGCGUGACGAGAAGACAUUCGGUCCAUUGUGGAUUUGCACUGUGUUGCGAUUAUUCGGUCGCUGUGCUCUUUAAAGGUGCAUCGCCCGUUCGCUUCGUGUAGCCAGGAAGUGGUGGGCAGGUCGGGCGUGAGAGGCCUGGAGUGGGGGCACUAUUGGAGUUUGGUGAUUUUCUGCAGAGUAUGCAGACACGGCGCUUGAGCUUUUCCGCUGCGCCUCGUCGUCGAUCGGUCGACGAUUACUUGCUGUAGAAUGUGGACACGCAGCUCGCUUUAUUGACCGAAAUCCAGCAGCAGCAGCAGCCCCGCUGCAGCAGCAUCCCUGCUCCAGAGGCACGAUGAUGAGCUGCGCUUUGCCUUCGGCAGCAGCUCUGUCCGAUUAUUUAACCGACCGCGAGCAGUCUUUCGUCAACGUGUUCGCAUUGUCGAAGCUGAAGCCUGAGAAUUGCCAGAUUGCUCAGGAGACUAGCUUCGCGCAGGCAUUGAUUUCAGUCUCCCACCACAUGGAGGUGCUUAUGAGAAAUUCCACGCUGGUUUCUUCCGCCUUCGAUUCGACUCUGCGUACGCACCCUGCCGCGGAGAAGAUGCAGCAGUUUCUUGAAUCGGUGAAACCCGUCCAGGCCAUUCAGCCUUGGACCGCGGUCCUGCGCAUGCACGAUUUUUUGGAGGCCACUAUUAGCAAUCUCCUCACACAAGCUUUCGCCGGGCCGAAUCCGCUCGACGCAUCCCAUAUCCAGGCGUGCAGGACGGUGAUGGAAGAGGAGCUGCUCAAGAAGCUGCCGGAGGACAUGAGCCCUGCAGAGAUGGAGCAACUGCGCGGAAUUUUUUCUACCGUCCUGCAGUGCGAGCUGGCAUUGUUGGAGUCAUCUCUCGCCAAGAAGGGCUUGGCAGUUCCGGAGCUGGCCAAGCUGAACAAGAGCCCGUGGCACCCUUCCAACAUUCUUUUCACGACAGACUUCGACAUCACCUGCACGCAGGUCGAUUCAUGCUACUCAUUGGUACAGGCAGCGGAAGUCGCAGCGGGCAAAAGACCCACAUCGCUGAAAUUCGCCCCCGAGGCACUCCACGAAGAGUACGAGUCGAUUCUGGUCCGACAUGCCGAGCGCCAAAAGGCGACCUUUCUCAGCUUCGACAGUCAGGAGCCCGAGGCCGAGGACCCCACCUACUGGCGCGAUGCAGACCAUUCCGAGAACCGAUUCCUGUGCGGCAUGGACCCAUCGUUGCAAUCUCUCUGCAAGCCGCUCGCCGACGACAUCACGACGUCCGAAGGCGAAGGCCCCCCUGCGCCAUACAACGAGGCCGGGCUGCGCAAGGCGCUCGUCAAAUUGGCGAAGCUCGAGGUGCUGUGCAACGAGGACGUUGUGGCAGCGCGAGUGCUGAGCGGCGCCACGAAGGACGAGAUUCGCGCCGAGGCCAGGAAGGUGCUCAUGCGGCCCAACUGCGUCGAGGUGCUGCAGCAGCUCGAGCAACUCGGUACGCCCAUUCACGUGGUGUCGGCCAACUGGUCGCGCGACCUCAUCCUCGGCGGGCUGCCCGACCUGCGCCGCGACCAGCUCUUCGUCCACUGCAACGACCUGUCGUUCGACGCGGCGGGCGCCUCGGAGGGCACUCUUGACAUGACCGUGGUCGACGCCUUCGACAAGGAGAAAACGCUGCGGACGCUCCGCCGCUUGCCUGCGCUGAUGACAUCUGUCAGCGCCCGCGACGAUUCCGACGAAUCUCCCGCCCGGAGCUCGGCCCGGCCGGUCGACCGAAUGCUCGUGUACUUGGGCGACAGCCACACCGAUCUGUUGGGCCUGCUGGAGGCGGAUUUGGGAAUCGUGAUCGGCGAGAGCCCUCUGCUGAGGAGAGUUCUCUCCCUCUACGACAUCGAGCUUCUGCCUCUCACCGAGGCCACGGCGCACAUCGCCGUGGCUCGCUUGUGCGGCUCUACGUGGAGCUGUCGGAAAUCGGGGAUUUUGUUCGAGGCUCAGGGGUGGACGGACGUCGAAGCUUGCCUCUUCGGGCGAGGAGAGAUGAGUUCGGAUUCGCCGCUCUUGGCGAAGAUCGAGAAGUUGAUUGAAGAAACUCGAAGUCAACAACAACAACAACAAUCGAUGCCGUAUGAUGACAGGGUUCGGGACAUCACACCGUUUUCUUUGGAUAUGAUCAAGACGUGCUUCAUUCAGCCGCGCGGGGUCCUUCAUGUUUUGUGGGGAUGAGAGAUUGAUUCAACACGAUCAAGAAAAUGAAGAUUCCGUUGUUGGAGAGGAAGAGUGGGCCCAGCGAUUUUUCAGUUGGUUGAGCACGUUCGGUGUACACAAAUACGAUCAGAAACAGAGAGUAGUUGUUGACAAGCAAGACAUGUACAUAAUAAACUUAUUCUUACCCA